AUGGCGCCUAUGGAUAACUGGGUUUAUGCCGUCAGCCCAGGCAGGCUUACCAUGACUUUCAGCGGAACCACAAUCGUAUCCGGGCAUCUUGCUUCUGCUGGUGUCAACCCUUCAAACACCACAGUGACAAAAGUGGCCAACUCGCUCUCUGCGCCACGCGAACGCCAUCCUCCACCACUUAUUUGUACCGAUCAAAGAAGAUUUCUUUCCAAUGGUCCUGACGGCGAUCAAGACUCCUUUGCCUUGUAUGCUCAGUACGGACGCUAUGUCGCAAUUGCAUCCUCAAGGAGACCAGAACCUUCAAACCUUGAAGGAAUUUGGAAUUCAGAGUUGUCUCCCAAUUGGGGAAAGCACGCCACGCCUGUUGUUAUAAUAAGCGAAAUACUGGAGGAAUUGGCGAACGCCGCUAAGACCUCAGAUGAGCAGCUGGCUCGCAGAACCAGUCAAGUCCCUGAGUCCUUGAUCCGCUCUGGAACCUUAGCAAGACGCGGAGAAAUCGCUGCCCGCGAGAUAUACAUUUCUAAUGGGUGGGUCGCACACCGUAACACCGACAUUUGGCGAGACUCCACACCAGGUGAUCUUCCACGGAUUCUAACCGAUGGCUCCCGCGUUUACAGCAUAUGCACGAGUGCUACACAUUCGGCCUUGAUGUCCAAUGCGUUGAGAGGAAAGCAUAACUCUGAUAAAAAAAGUCGUCUACCAUCGAUAAUUCGUAAGGCACUUUGCUUGGCGACUCAAUGCAGGAUGUACAUGCCGGGAUACCCCAGACUUCGUUAUCUGUUCAAUCACACGGCAGAAUUCGCAAAGAUACUGGUUCUCGACGCCGACUUUUCUGACACCCUCAUGGCUGUCUAUGACCGCCUGAUUCCAUUCCGCAUUGACUCCUUGGGGCUGGUGCAGGAAUCUGCUGUUUGCUACGACCCAAACGGGGUGUUUACUCACAUCAUCAUAUGUAACCGCUCUUUCAAAGUCCCGACGUUCAAUGAAACACUCGCCAGGGCUGCGAACACGUCUUUAGUUAUCCGAGAUGAUUCGGGGAAUGGGUGGCCUACCGCUUGGCGCAUCAACUGCUACGCGCUACUGUUGGAUGGAGAAAAAGCCUACUAA